ACUUGUCAAACUUGUAAACGGUUUUGGUUUCAUCUGGUUAAACUCAGAGCUGCAGAUCUGAAGUUUAGUGUUUUGGUGUUUAGGUGAGGAUGAAGUUUUGUGAUUUUUCUUCAGGUGGGGAGAAGAUGACGCUGUCCAUCUCCGUCCUGCUGGCUCAGUCUGUCUUCCUGCUGCUGAUUUCCCAGCGGCAGCCGGAGACGUCCAUGUCCGUCCCCCUCAUAGUCAAAUAUUUGAUGUUCAUCAUGGUUCUCGUUACCAUCGUCGUGUUGAACUGUGUCGUCGUUCUCAACCUGCACUUCAGGACGCCCAGCACACACGUCAUGUCUGAAUGGACCAAGAAGUUUUUCCUGGAGCGGUUGCCCCGGAUCCUCCACAUGGCCCAGCCAGCGGACGACGAGCCGGCGUGGGACGGAGCGUUGCCACGGCGAUCCAGCUCGGUGGGAUACAUCGCUGCAGCCGAGGAAUAUUACAGCAUCAAGUCCCGCAGCGAGCUGAUGUUUGAGAGGCAGUCAGAGAGACACGGACUGUCCAAACGGCCCACGCCGGCCUCAGUGUUGAAGCCGGUGGAAAGCGACGGAGCGAUGGAUCAGCUGUACGGGGAGAUGAAGCCGGCGGUGGACGGAGCGAACUACAUCGUCCAACACAUGAGAGACAAGAACGACUACAACGAGGAGAAGGACAACUGGAGCGGCAUCGCCCGAACGGUGGACCGGCUCUGCCUCUUCCUCAUCACCCCGGUGAUGACCUUCGGCACCGUCAUCAUCUUCCUCAUGGGGAUCUGUAACCACCCCCCCCGCCUGCCCUUCCAGGGAGACCCGCACGACUACAGCGAGGACAACCUGCGCCUGCUGGAGUAGAACCGGAACCGGCAGCCCGGUUCCGGUUCUACUCAUUUAUCCACUUCAUGUUUGAAUCGUCUGAGUUUUCUGAGGUUGAAGUGAAUAUUUUGGUUCUGGUUUUCUUUACUUUGUGUCUCCAAAACAUCAGUUUGAUUUAAAUUACCUAGAAGUAUUGCACAGCGAGACAAGUUUUAUUUUUUAAUGAAUGCCAUCAUUUACUUCUGCAUUCAAACAUAACAAUAUAAAUGUCAUUUUAUUAUUUAUUACAAAAAUACUUUAGAAAAUUGAGAAUUAUUUUUUUGGCUGCCAAAAAAUGGCUUCUAAUAAAAUUGUAAGAUUUUUUCUGAAUUUUCAUUUUGCCAGCUUUAAUAAAUGAACUUUAUUUUAUGUUUUCAAUAAAAAACAAAAACUUCAAAAGUCUUCAAAAAAUGGCAACUGAUCAAAAAACGUGAUGCUGAUUUUCUCUGUUUGCUUUAAAAAUGACAUGAAAAAUUAAAUGAAAAACAAAAAUGUAAUUAUCACCAAAAAUACUUAAUAUGACUUCAGAUGUUCUUCAAUUUCUUUCAACACAGAUUCAUAAAUGUGACGGUUCAGGGAAUCAGAUGGUUAUUAAUAAUAAUCAUUCACAAUAAAACCACAGGGGAAUAAAAUUACUGCAUGUUUGUUGCUUUAAGUGUCUAAUAUUCUAAUUUAUCCUUUAUUUUGUAAAGAGCAAUAAAACCAAAUAAAA